AGGUGAUACCCCGCGUGCUGGACGCAGGGGGAGAGCUUUCCUAAGAGUCAUCACCCAGCCGCCACCCGGACCAGGCUUGCUGGACAGUCGGAGCCCCGACGGCCCGAGGGCCAUAAGAGUAGUAGGACUCAGGCGGCUCGCGGGGCCGGGCCAUGGCGCUCGACUUCCUGGCUGGAUGCGCUGGAGGUGUGGCAGGUGUGCUUGUGGGACACCCUUUUGACACAGUCAAGGUGCGGCUGCAGGUACAGAACACGGAGAAGCCCCAGUACCGAGGGACACUGCACUGCUUCCAGUCCAUCAUCAAGCAGGAGAGUGUGCUGGGCCUGUAUAAAGGUCUGGGCUCACCACUAAUGGGGCUCACCUUUAUCAAUGCACUGGUGUUUGGGGUGCAAGGCAACACCCUUAGGGCCCUGGGCCAAGACUCACCACUCAAUCAGUUCCUGGCCGGUGCAGCAGCAGGCGCCAUUCAGUGUGUCAUCUGUUGCCCCAUGGAACUGGCCAAGACAAGGCUGCAGCUGCAGGACGUGGGCCCCGCUCGAACCUACAAGGGCUCCCUGGACUGCCUGGUACAGAUUUACCGGCACGAGGGCCUGCGUGGCAUCAAUCGAGGCAUGGUGUCCACACUUCUGCGCGAGACACCUAGCUUUGGUGUCUACUUUCUCACCUACGACGUACUGACACGCGCCAUGGGCUGCGAGCCAGAUGACCACCUGCUGGUGCCCAAGCUGCUGCUGGCGGGGGGCACAUCAGGCAUCACCUCCUGGCUCUCCACCUAUCCUAUGGACGUGGUUAAGUCGCGACUGCAAGCCGAUGGGCUGCAAGGAGCCCCUCGCUACCAUGGCAUUGUCGACUGCAUGCGGCAGAGCUACCAGGCUGAGGGCUGGCGAGUCUUCACACGAGGACUGGCCUCCACGCUGUUACGUGCUUUUCCCGUCAAUGCUGCCACCUUUGCCACAGUCACUGUGGUGCUUACAUAUACCCGGGGUGAGGAGGCCCAGCUAGACAGUGAGGCAGUUUCGGGCACCUCUGCCACCCCUGCUGGGCCUGCUCUGGCCCAGCCUUCCAGACUGUGAUGCUGUCUCUCCCACCAACUUCCCCAGGGCCACUUGGCUGAAACCCGACACAGAUAAUGUGGCUCCUCAGCCAGUCUCCUUGCUCCUUGGCUGGCAAUACUAGCCAGCCUAUACCCCGCUGACCUUCAAUUUUCUUAGCUGUAAAAUGGGGACUCUUCAUACAUGGUACGUUCGAGAAGGUCAAGCCUGGUUAAGUCUACACUCUGCAGACAGCACUGCCGGUGAGAAUCUCUCAAACCCUACACUCCAGGGCUCUCUCCUGAGCCGACUAUAACAAGCUGGCCAAGGACCCACCCAUUCCCCAGAUCCUCCAUCCACAGAGGCCCAGGAAGAUACUUGGCCAGCUCUCACCAGUAGGGGCAGCGGACAGUGUAGAAUGCUCCUCGUGCUUCUCGGCUGCUGCCCUUGAACUGCAGAUGGGGUCUAGGGUCCUGGCAGCAAGCCUGCUGAGGAUUCUGCUCAUGCACGGUCUGCAUGGGGAGCAGGCAGGCCGCUGCCUUGGUGUCUCCACAGUGAAACUGUGUGACAGCUGUGGCAAGAGGAAAUCUUCUUAUCCCUGGGCUUCUAGUUACCUGUCUGCAAAAUGGGGACGUGGGUCAGCCGAUGUCUGCCUCACUACUGCCAGCCAGGAUUCCCAUUGGUGGGUAGGCAGAGGGCCCAGGAGAACACAGUGUGGGUUGCCCGUGUCCCUGGUCUUGGCAGCAGGUACAGUGGAGCCAGUUUGGGUGUCUCUCCAGCUGCCUGUCACUGUUGGACAGGACCCUCUAAAGGAAUAAAGUCUUGUUUUCUAAGUGUGUGAAGCUCCUCUCUGCAUGGUGCAAGGGACUUCGUUUCCUUCCUUAAUCCUGGUUUCAGUGGCUAUCUAUGGUCUAUGCAUGCACUUGGACCUAGCCACAGGACUUGGGCAGGUCAAGGGCACAUCCAAGCAUUCCUGGUCCAUGUGGUAGUGAACGGAGGCACAAGGAUUAUUUAAGUAAAUCACAAGCAUGCCCUUUAGCAAGUAUUGGCAGUCAUUUCAGGAACUGGAGGCCUGUGGUGGGGACAUAGGUCCCCUGGUAGAGGAAAGGUACAAGGGGAGCUAUCUGAUGACCUGGGCAACUAGUAUGUGCCUUGUAACAUGUCUUUCUCUAUCCCGCCAGCUCCCAAAUUUUGACGUGGAGACUUAUUAAUUAUGCAAGCUCAGCCUUAGCUUAGGCUUGUUUCUACUUAGCUCUUAUAACUUAAAUCAUUAACAAUCCAUUUCUAUUAACGUCACCAUGUUGUUCAUGGCCUUUACCUCUCCUCCUGCAUGUCCUGCUUCCUCUGCAUCUGGCUGGUGAU